UCUCUAAGUUUAAAAGACCCUGUGUACGGGCCAAACCCAGUGGCUUUGCUGUGCAACUACUCAACACAUCUCUUGUUUCAUCUGCCAAACCUGAAAAGAGUGGACUCCUACAAUGUGGACGAUAAAACACUGAAGGAACUGGCCGAGGUAUGUGAACCAAGAGAACUGGUUUGACUUUAUCCACGAAACUAAUCCAAGCAGUUCUAUGAUCUCCACAACUGUUAAGUUGUCAAGUUCUGCUGAUGCACAGUGUAACAACAAAAGCGUUACCUUUCUAACUCGAAAUACUUUUAUUUUUGAGAGCUACGGUAGUAGUAGGUUGAAACUAAAAAUUUACGUCAGAGGUCAGUUAAGUAAUGAAGAUAAACAAACUACAAACAAAAAAUGAAUUCAAACAAAGCGAAACGGCAAAAAUACUUGGAUUGAUAACGCUUACUAUGUAACUGCAAAAUAGAGAACUGCGCGAAGCGCGACUUUAGGUGAACUGACUUAAAAAGUGGUUAAGCGUAAAAGAAACUGGCUUUAAAUACAAGAGGACUGCGAAAUAGCGUGUGGUAUGAGAAACGAGCAAAAAGGUGUAACUGACGAAGAAAAACGCAGACAAACUUACCAAGAAAAAAUUAGGAAAAUAUUUAGAACUUAAGUAUGAAAAAGUUAAGAGCUAAAUAGGUAAUUACAAAUUACACAGAAAUAAUUGGCAAGCGCUUAGAUCUUACAUACAGGGUUCCUGGAAAACCUGGAAAUUCUUGGAAUUUUAUUUUGAAUAUUUUGCAGUGACAGCAUUCGCUGUUUAAGAAAAAAAUUUCAGCUUUAUGACAACAUUAUUUACAUGCAUAUUAUGUUAAGGCCCAACAGGCAGCUUUCAGCUCUCAAAUUCUCUCUUCUUUUAGACCACAGUGGUUAAGAAGAAGAUGUAUUACAACAUGCGCGUGAAGACGAUGCAGAGAAACAAGGCUGACUUGCUUUUCAGACUGGAGACUGAGAGAGCAACUCUUCAGGCUGAACCCAGGAACAGAAUGCUUAAACUCUUUUCAGCCGUCAAAGAUGUAUGUUUACAGCGAUAAAUAAGAAAUUCUUAAACAUAUUGUCAUACUUUUAUAGGAAUGUGCAAGAGGCCAUUUUACAGUUGUGUAUUUAGUUGCCAAGCCUUUGAUUUAGAGUGAGGCUGAAGGUGACUUUGUUGUGAUAGAGACCAGUAUCUAGUUAGCAUGAUAACAAAGUAAAUUUGCAUUUGAAAAGCAGCAAGGUUUGUAUCAUAACAAGGUCAACCUUAGCCUCACUCCUGUUCAAAGGCUUGGCAACCAAGCACGCAACUGUAAAAUGGACUAUUGAGUUUCCAAAGUAAUCCAGGAUUACUUUUUUUUGAUUUAAUUCGCUCUGUGAUUGGUCCAGAAAACUCGUGCCACGCUCUCAACCAAUCAGAUGCAAAACUAAAACCAUUUACGACUUGGUCGCCCGCGUUUUCCCGCGCUUGCUUUUUACUUUGAGUUCUCAUUGGCUCUUUAGGGUAUUUUCCUUCUGAUUGGCCGUUGUGAUACGCUAUCACAUUCAUCUUUAGAAGGCGACAGAUUCUUUUAAGGAUCGUUAUGUCCCAAUUUUUUUCCUCACAGAUAGAGAGAGAGGUUGAGGAACAAAGAGAGGGAUUGUCAUCAUCUUUU